AUGAAUGUGUCGUCACUGCCUGUCAAUUUGUUUUUGAAACGACUCACCAUUGGAGGUGCUGCUGCCUGUGGUGGCCAGUAUUAUGUGAUGCUUGCACCGAAAAAUAAUGCUGUGGACAACAAAUUUGGCUAUAUGAUUCUCCACUUGCUCUUCACAUCACCAGGUGUUCGUGGUGGCAAAUCUUGCCAGGCUACUGCAUGGAGCAAUAAGCAAACAUCUAAGACACGGCAACUACUUGCAAAAGCUGCCCUUGAAGUCCAUCAGGCAACAACUGGAGAUCCUGAAACACAGUUUGCUGACUAUGGUAACUGGAACCACGACAACCAUCUUCCAAAUGGUGCUCACGCAGACAAUGAGGAGGAGACUGAAAACAAUGCUGGUGACCAAGCGCCAUACUCAGAGGUUGGGGCUGUGGGACAAGAUGACACAGCCCUGAGUGCAAUGUGCGCACAGGUCAUCAUUUGCUUGUUCCUCUGGUGGAAGCACUGUGGUGUUGAGAGUUUGACAAGUGAAAUCAAUGGUAAAAUAGGGUCAACAUUUCACCUUACAAAUGUUGGUUUCUUGACGCCAGAUGAACUUGCCAAUGUUUCUCUGAUCAAAGCAGGCUUUUUAGGUUGUUCCCCACAACAACCUACUGCUGCUAUCACUCUUGAAUAUCUCGAACUUGAUCAUCAAAUCUGCCACCACAAGCAUUCAUUUAGUGUGCAAGCCAUGGGCGAGGUCCUUUGCGUGCUCGAUAAAGUCAGUGCUUUGCAAAAUAUUGUUCAUGUCAUCAAUGUAUUCUAA